AUGAGUGACGAAGAACGGUAUAGCUUGAUGCAAGGAAUUGGCUGGAUUGGCUUACCAACUUGGUUGCCAUCACCUUUACCAGCAAUUCCCAAGAUUGGAUACUACAUGGGCAACACACCGCCGAUUCCUCGUCUGGGUGUGCCACCUCUGAAACUACACGAUGCGGGGAAUGGUUUCCGGAAUAUGCCGGAACCACUAGGGGCAUCUGGAUCCACUAUCAUGUGGCCCUGCUCAUUGGCAUUUGGAGCCACGUGGGACACGACUUUGGUGAAAGAGGUCGCAGGUGCAAUUGGCCGUGAAUACCGUGGAAAGGGUGCGAAUGUUAUUCUGGGCCCAAGUGUCCAGGUGCAAAGAGUGGCUCGGAAUGGUCGAAACUUCGAGUACAUGUCUGGAGAGGAUCCAUAUUUGGGAGCGAAGAUGUCAGAAGCCUAUGUGGUGGGUGUCCAGGGAGAGGGUGUGAUGGCUUGCUUAAAACAUUUUGGCUUCAACGAGCAAGAGACGAAUCGGAACUUUCAGAGCUCUGUGGUGGAUGAAAAAACAGCUUGGGAGCUCUACUAUCCUCCCUUCGAGGCUGGUGUGGCAGCGGGGGCUGCAUCAGUGAUGUGCUCCUACAACCGCGUCAAUGGAACUCAUUCCUGUGCUAACGAAGCGCUCUUACGGCGCGAUUUGAAACAAAAGAUGGGAUUUCGCGGCUUCGUCAUGACCGACUGGUGGGCACUUCACCAUCCAGCAGAUAGUUCAGUUGUUCGAGGCUUGGACAUGGAAAUGCCUGGAGCUGGUGGCGAGACAUAUUUAUACAAAGGCGAUCUACGCACAAUGGAGGAGAGCCAAGCUGGUAACUUUACAGGGUAUGGACUUGGGCUGGAGAAAAGCAAGCUCCAGCGAGAGAUCUACAACGAUCCAGCUUAUCGGAUUCUUUCAGCUGCCUACAAAUUGCAUUUGUUUGACUUGCCCAGCUGUACGCCAGGCCUAGAUUGCGUGGAGCCAAUUUUCUCAAAUCAGCGCAGUCUCGAAGCUGAGAAAUUGGCAAUGCGCUGUGCCUCCGAAUCUGUGGUAUUGCUGAAAAACGAGCCUAGGACCGGGGAGACAAAGGCGCUUCCUUUGCUUCCUUCAAAGGUGAAAAAGCUGGCACUGAUAGGAGAGGCAUGGGUGGCACCAAGUCGCAGCACCAAUGAGCUUGGAAUGAUGGGAGACUACUACAGCGGUGGUGGCUCUGGACACUGCUACAUCCCACCUGAGCUUUUCACCUUGCCCAUUGUGAGCAUGUAUGAACGUGCCAAUAGUCUUGGCAUUGACAUCUCGAGCGCACUGACCAACAACAUCACCGAUGCAAUGAAUGGGAUCAAAGAUGCUGAUGCCAUUGUUGUUCUAGCGGCAACGACGGCAGAGGAAAGUAGAGACCGUGCAUCUUUGCACUUGGACAAUGGAGCAGAUGAUCUCAUUUUUGAACUUGCCAAGCAGGAGAAGCCCGUGAUAGUGCUGACACAGGAGCGCGACCUCUCCCGGGACAGAUGUCUCACAGAUGUGGAGCAGGCCGUGGAUAGGCUGUUGGGCGUGUCUGAAAGCGGUCGAGACUUGUUGCGUCUCCUUGCGAGGGGGAGCCUGAGGACAUGCCCCCAGGAACGGCACCGGCUUCAAAUUCUUGGAGCAGAGCUGACCAAUGAGGCCUUCCGCACAAACCAAGAGGGUCUGCGCGUUGAUUGCCAAAAGGCUGCAGACCAGGCAGAGAAGUUCAAGUGCACUGCCAAGGCUCGAGCUGAGGAUCUUCGCCUUGCCAAGGAGGGCUUCGCUGCCACAGUGACGGCCUUCCGCUCUGCGAAGACUUCCUUCCUGGAAGACAACAAGAUCCUUCAAGUCAAGCGGAAGGCAUUGAAUGGAGCAGAUGAGGAGCUGAAGAUAUGCCAAGCCAAACUUGCGAAGGUGACAGGCUGCAGACAAGAGCUGGAACUUGCUGUGCAGAGGCACAUGCCAGCGAUCAUACAGGGGAGCUCCGAUAUCCAAGCUCACGCGGAAGCUGUUCUUCUUCUCUUGGCACGCGUUCAUUUGGAAGACUCUCUCAAAAACGCCGCCUCAUCUUCGCUGAAGUUGUCACCAGAGAAGCGGGGUGGCUUUGACAAAGCUGUCUUGGAACAGCUUUGUUGCGCCCUCUCCAAGCUCCUGCAGGAAGUUCCACCAGCGGAUGAUGAGCAGCUAGCUGUUCAGGAUGCGGGCAGCACCCAGCGACAGGCAUCUGAAGCUUUUAUUGAGGCAAGGCAAAGACAGUUGCAGAGUGCGCAUUCCCUACAACUGGCAGAGUUGGCUUUGCGGCAAGCCCAGAGUGAUGAGGGCAUGGCCUUUGAGUCUUUGAAUGACGUGCAGCAGGAACUCGCAGCAGCUGAGCUUCAGCUGAAUGCUGCGAGGAGCGUCUUGAAAGACUUUGACGAAGGUCCCAUGACCUCCCUCAAGGUUUUAGAUGGGCUUGGAUUCGUGUCACAAAACGACGGAUGCAAAGCAAAGCAGGACUGGUCAACGAGGUUCAAUGACCCAGCUUCGUGGCCUUGA